AUGAUGAGUCGGAUCUGCCUUCGCCAGAGCUCACAAGAUGGUGUCUGUGGAUGCCUAGAGUUUUGGAAGCCUACAGCUCCGAAACUACAAGAUACUACUAGUAUCGGCUCGCCAUCCGCCACCGAAGCAUCUGAUACACUCGGCCUGCGUACUACUUCCAACCUAAACGACCUACUAUCAGUGUCACCCACGCCCUCUGGCCCACCAAAGGAGACAUGCUUCUUCUGGUAUCAUGGUACCUGCCGCCGUGGUGAGCAGUGUCAUGUAGCCCACGAAACCCACGUCACCUGGCCCAUUCCUCCUCCACCUGGAUUUGUGCAUUACAAAGCAUGCAGAUUACCGCUUUGCCCGCUACGAGAGGACCUUUUGGCUCUGAGUGAGGCGCGUAAAGCACACAGGUGUACGUCUCAGCUCAGCGGACAAGUUGACGGUACUACGUUUAGUAAAACGACAGCUUUGGAGCCGGCGUUGAGCGAAGAUGGCGAUGCGGACACUGUCAGUUCGUCAGUUGAGGAUGUACCCAAAGAACCUGGUGUCAGUCUUUUGGUAAGCGACAUUGCGCCUUCCGAAUCUGGUACCGACCUUUUUACUCUCGAGGGCGAUGAUGUCAACAAGGUAGUCACGAUGAGUGAAACUGCAGACCCAACAAGUGUCAAGAUCUACGCCCCCACCUGUAACUUUCCAACGCUUGCCUCUACACCACCCACUUCCGACAGCAUGGACUACAUUGAAGUGUCAAAUACGGCUUCCCCACCGCCAUCCUCUGAGAAUGGAGAUCAAGCCAUUCUCUCACUUAGUCACUCAGGAACACGGGAUAAGCGCAAGCGCCAGCAAACGCUUUCACCCGGUGAGCAAACUCCCGAUAGUAAGCUUACAAAACGAGAGCCUGCACCCGAACUCAGCGAUUUCGCGUCCAUCCUGGAGCCGAAACGCCGCAUAACGCACUGGGAUCUCGAGCCGUUCACCCCCGACGUUGUCGCCAUUCGUCCAAAGCCUAAAGCUCUGCAAGCCGACCCAUCAUAUGGGCUCUUACAACAUCCAAUUUCAGCUCUGAGUGGCUUGUCCGUUCCUGACCAUCGCUCGACAUCGCCCAAGCCUCGCUCGUUCGAUCCUCCAAAAGGUCCUCGAGCUUUAAGUGAUACAAGUCCGAUUUGCUUUCAUUGGUACCAUAAGGGCCACUGUAGACCUAAACAAAGGAACGGCCAGGCCACCAAGUGCAACUAUACACACUCUUUGGACGUACCUCAUCGGCAAGUCAGCCUGCCACCUCAUAUCACGAACCACGGCCCGUGCCAAUUAGAGUUCUGUCCUUUGCGUUCACAGGGUCAAGGGGCUCCGCACUGCGGUGAGCAAGGAUCGAGGGAUAUGCUGAAGACCACUAUGAAGAUUGAGCCAUACAGGUCUUCGAGUAGUGGGGUGCCUUUCGAGGACAGGUAUAAAUCAUCGUCUCGAGACGUUAGUCCGAUGGGGCGGUAUUCUACUAACAUGCAAUUGCCUCGACCUGACGAGUUCAGCCGAAAGUCAGAUGCCAAACAACCAUCCAGGGCGAAUUAUGGGCGCAAUAAGAAAAAGAUGAGUUUUUACAAUCGUGCGUUGGAAAGAGAUCCAGAGCCGAGCAACGCGGAGGCCUGGGCUCCUUCAGAAUAUGAACCUGCCUACUUUGAAGAGAACUACAGCUCUUCCCCACGAGAUACCAUCUCAUCAGCGCGCUAUGAAGCGGGUGUGAAGGGUCCCAAGUUCGACAAGCUCGAUAGACGACCCAAGGCGAAACAAUUACCAAAGCUGACUGGCGUCGCAAGAGAGCGAUUCAAGGAGCAAAAACAGCGCAUUGAACAGUGGCAGGCGGAGCGUGGAAUUCGACCCGACGAUCCAAAUACGAGGCGAGAAAAACAGAUGGCUGUUAACAAGCGGAGAAGAGUAAAUAAGAGGCAGAAAAGGUUGGACAAGGGAUUGGUCACAGCUUCGAUGCUCAAGGCCGAGAACGACUCACUCCUUGCAAUGUCAGCCAAUGUUCCCGGUACCUACAGCAGGCCAGACGCGAUUGCGACACCAGCAAAAGGAAGUCAUAAACUACCGCGGGGUCGACGCGCGGAGAGCGUGUUUGAGGACGAACAGGCCAUGGGUGAGGAGCUAGCGACGAACGACCCAGAGGCGGGAUUCUACCGCAAGAGUGCUCGUCACAUCUCCGGUUUUCCAAAGUCUGCAACCCCGCUUGAUGUUCAGCACGUUGCCAGCGGCGAGGAGGGUAGCGUGCAAGAACAUAAGCAAGUGCAAGGGGUGAUCCAGAAAGAUUAUGCGCAAGUCGCAAGGAAGACUAGCGUUCUGGUCGAUUAUGAGCUUCCUGAAGGUGAGGCACGGCUUGAAUGGGACACGGAUCUCGUACGCCGACUGUUCGGUGAAAUUGCAUGA